AUGGCUCCUCCGCCGCCAAGCUCGAACAGCACGCUCCAGGAGCGCUUUCUGGCUCUGGCCCAGACUCUACAAUGUGCGCACCUGACUCUUAUCCUCACUACCUCCCGCUAUGCGCUGUCAUGGCUAUUCAUGAACUACUACAGCGGCAUGGCUCAGUUCUCCUACCGAACGUCGUUUGCCGCUGCCGCUCUUACCUACGGAAUUGUCGUCUACAAGACUCAGCGAGCCCGCGCAAAGACCGGAACCAAAGCGCCCAACGGUGUUCUUGGGCUGCUUGCCGAUGAGAACGUUCAGUACCUAGCUCUGGCCCUUGUCUGGCUCUUCAUGCCCCAGUAUCCCCUUGCUUUACUCCCGUACUCGGUCUACUCCAUCUUCCACGUUGCCACCUACACGCGCGCCAACCUGAUUCCAGUCUUCCAGCCCCCGCCGCCUGCCGCCGAGGGCGCUGCCCGACCCAAGGUUAGCAGCCCUUUGGCCGACAGGAUCGGAAACUUUGUCAAGGAAUACUACGACUUUUCUAUGACCGUGGUCGCCUAUCUGGAGAUCAGCUUGUGGGUUCGGGUUUUCCUUUCAGCCAUCCUUUUCCAGCGUAGGUCGUGGAUCUUGCUUGGCCUGUACACCACAUUCCUUCGAUCUCGCUAUGCCCAGAGCAGCCAUGUCCAGACUUCCUUUGCUCACGUCGCCGCACGAGCCGACCACUUUGUUGGCGCCCAGGGAACUCCACCUCAGCUCAAGCAAGCCUGGGAUAUUGUCAGGAAGAUCGCGGUCCAGUUCCACGACAUGACCGAGCUGAACAAGUACAUCGGCGGUGGCCCUGCCAAGAAGACGUCAUAA